UCUAUUCUGGCUGAGCACUUUCGUAUACUGAGCUGCCUACUGUUUAACGGAGCUCAGCAGAAGAACACAAGUAUCCGACUGACGGCUUAUACUCAAAAGAAAGGGUGGAGGACACAUCUGCUUUUUUCCUCCUUUUUAAAAAAAAAUAUUUUCAUUUACACAUUUAUUUAUUUAUUUUUUUACACCCGGCGACAGAACCAAUUAUUUCACGUCAUAUUUUAAACCGUCAUUCUGCGUUUGGAGCCCUCAUACGUGGUUUGGCUGCAACAUGGCUAUCGUAGCUUCAACUUCAACAUAACCUCAGAUGCAGGAACACUGAGGUAGUCAACAAUGUGUGCAGACUUCCUAUCUGAGCCCGCAUUCUGCUAUGGUAGAUUAUCAACCGCCUGUCUCUGAGGCUCACCUGACCUAGGAGAAUCUGAGUGGCGAGCAUUCUUUUGCUCUGUUGCUAUAAAAAGACUGCUUCAUAUUGCACCGUUGUGAACGCUGACUUCUCUCUGUGGAUGUCAACAACAAAAUGUAGCAACUAUCACAAUGAACCAACAUUAUUGAGACUAUUCACAUCCAACAGCAGUAAGUCUCUGUCAGUGCUUUCCAUUUUCUUGCUCCUUCACCAGCCCCAGUACCAUGCUGGGCACAGUCCUGAAACGCAACAUGUCCCAGAAGCUGAGUGUGCUGCUCUUAGUCUUUGGGCUGGCGUGGGGACUCAUGUUGCUACGCUAUACUGUGCAGCAACCUCGCCACCAAAGCAGCGCUGAGCUACGCAAGCAGAUCCUGGAGCUCAGUCGGCGAUACGUCAAGGUCCUGACUGAGGAGAACCAGAACGUACCCGGUGGGCCACAGGGGACCACCAUGGCGGGUUACGCGGAUUUGAAGAGGACGAUAGCGGUGCUGCUGGACGACAUUCUGGAGAGACUGGUCAAACUAGAGGGAAAACUUGAGUGGGCUGCCAAUGUUUCGGUCACCAACACCUCCCACGGGAGCGUCCUCGCUUCCACUCCCACUGCCUUGCAAAGAGCCACCAAGCAGGAAAGACCUGGCAGCCAUCAUGGGAGAUCACGCUUCAACCCACAAACCCCCAACAGGCCUCAGCCACAUCUAUGAGCUUUGUUUUAGUAGAUGUAUUGACUGUUCUCUUAGCACAUCCCACUUUUCCUGAAUUUAUCCCAGGACAUCCACAGACUUGAAGUAACUGAUGCUUCUUGGAAAGCCAGCUCAAAAAGAAGGAGACCUUUUUGCCUUUUCACUUUUUUUGCCAUUGUAUUUAUUUUGUUUGAUCAAGAUUGUAGAGUGUGUUUUUAUAUUUCAAUUUUGCAUUUUUAUACAAUGGCAUAUGUGAAUUGUAGGGCAAUUAUUGGCUGCAAACAAUGUAUCAACCUUUGUAGAACUGCAGUUCAACACAUUUAGGCUCACAAUAUUCAUGUACAACGUAUCAAUAUUACGUCAACCUGCUGAACUAAACAGAUAGCUCACAAUAUGAAUUGCUGUAUUUGGGGUGUGAUGUUGCUAGAUACAAAAGAAUAUUAAAAUCUGUCUCUUAGGUAACAUGUAGUGAUGUGUGUAAAUAAUCCAAAGAAUGUGCAGCCUCAGUGUAAGGCUAGCGACACAUCUGCUGAAUCCUCUUUUCCACUGAACUUGUGUUCGUCUGCGUUGUCUCAGCUGAAAACCAAUGGUUUUGUUCCCUUCCCUUCACUUGCCUUGGAUGUUAUUUCACUCUCAAUGUAGAAUGGAAUGAAUGUACGGCAAAGUCAGUAUCUUUGGUGCUGUGAAGACGACUGACCAUCUGCUAAAACACGUUCAGGGUUCGUAUUGUACUGUGACUGUGGAGAUUUUCUAAAAAUAAUGGGGGUAAUCCACUUUUGGUAGUGGUGUUUUAUAGUAUGUUGGAGGUGAUUGUAACAUGCUGGAAUAGUAUUUCUGCUUGGUAAAAUAUCUCUUGCUGAAACAUUUCAAAUGCUCAUCAUAAUGUUGCCAGUUAACCAUACCAGACUAACCAACAAAUAUGGGCAAUAACUGUGAUGUCUCAUUUAUUCUGCUUACAUGCCACAGUUGUAACUGUACUUUAAGACCACCAGACUCAAUAAACUGUGGUUCAAAUAUGA